AUGCAAUCGGAAAUUAAUCUGACAGUUAGUGAUGAGACUCAUCAUAUUGAUUAUUAUCCAUCAAGUUUUCAAGCAUUCCUUACUGGAUUUUUGAUACUGGAAAUUGUGUUGGGACUCAGCAGCAAUUUGACAGUACUGGGACUUUACUGUAUGAAGUCAAACCUUAUUAAUUCAGUCAGUAAUAUUAUUACUAUGAACUUGCAUAUACUGGAUGCUGUCAUAUGUGUUGGAUGCAUUCCCCUUACAGUAAUUGUCACUCUCCUUUCAUUAGAGGAAAAAGCUUUGAUCUGUAAUUUUCAUGAAGCUUGCAUUUCUUUUACUAGUGUAGCAACAGCAGCAAACGUCCUUGCAAUCACUUUGGAUCGUUACGAUAUUUCUGUGAAGCCAGCAAAUCGGAUUUUGACAAUGGGAAGAGCAAUAACAUUAUUAACAACAGUAUGGAUUGCAUCCUUUUCUGCAUUUACAAUCCCUUUCAUUGAAGUCAAUUUCUUUAAUCUACGCAAUGAUGAAAGCACCUGGCAAAAUAAAACAAUCUUAUGUUUUAGUGUAAAUGAAUAUCGCAAUGAUCUGGGAAUAUAUUACCAUCUCUUUAUUCAGAUUCCCAUCUUUUCUUUCACUGCUAUUGCAAUGUUGAUAACCUACAGCAAAAUACUCCAAGCCUUGAACAUCAAAAUAGGUUCCCGAUUUUCAACCAGGCAGAACAAAAGAAAAAGAAAGACGAAUAUUCCACUAAGUAUACAACAUGAAAAUACUGAUCAAUCAGAAAAUAGAAGACAUAACAUUAAACUAGGAGUAAGAACUUCAGUUUCUGUAAUAAUUGCUCUAAGAAGAGUUGUCAAGCAGCAUCGAGAAAGGCGGGAAAGACAAAAAAGGGUUUUCCGCAUGUCUCUUCUAAUUAUUUCAACGUUUCUCAUUUGUUGGACACCACUGUCAAUUUUAAAUACUGUUAUAAUAUGUAAAGGUUUAAGUGAGGGCAUGGUAAAAUUAAGACUAUGUUUUCUAAUUCUUGCUUAUGGCACAACUAUAUUCCAUCCUUUACUAUACGCAUUUGCACGACAGAAAUUCCAAAAGGUCCUCAGGAGUAAAAUGAAGAAGAGAGUGGUAUCAGUUGUUGAGGCUGAUCCAGUCCCUAAACAUGCAGCAAUUCACAACUCCUAG